UUGCGGUGACUACACGGCGAUUAAAGCGCACUGUGAGGUGAUUCGGGUAGUCCAUCAGUCACGGAGAGGGUCGUCAGGGGACAGGGAUAUAUGCAAUGGCGCGCAACUGGCUUUGGGAAACGGAUUGGCACCUGAAAUGGAUGCUUUUGUGCACUUGUUUAUUUUCGACUUGUGCAGAGUUCGAUGGCGGGUGGGCCACACAGAUGGCAACAUCCAAUGGGCUGUGCCGGUACGGCAGACGUGUGGACUGCUGCUGGGGGUGGACACGGCACACCUGGGGGCACUGCCAACCAUCCUACUUGCUAACCUACAAAGUAUUCGGGAUCAGGCGCAGGAUCCAAGCUGUCUGUCAGCAUGGCUGCAAGCAUGGACUGUGUGCAGGACCCAACAAGUGUAAGUGCUACCCCGGCUAUGGAGGAAAGAGCUGCAACCAAGAUGCCCACCUCUGUGCCAUGGCGGAGUGCCAGCACGGCUGUGAGGUGGAGAAGGGAGAGGUGCGCUGCCAAUGCCCGUCUCCCGGGUUACAUCUCGCCCCAGACGGCAGGACGUGCGUGGAUAUCGAUGAGUGUACGGCUGGUCUUGCUGUAUGUCCCAGGUUCCAUAGAUGCCUCAACACGUUUGGGGGCUACACCUGUCAAUGCAUUGAGGGCUACACCAAGACCUUCAUCAAUGGCAAAUAUCAAUGCACUGUACUCCCAAAGGUCAUCAUUGAGCCUCCAAGACCUGGUAAAAACCCAACACCAAACGGUAAUGGUGGCGCCAUCCCUGCUCCUGGUGUGCCCUGGGUCCCCGUCCCAAACCCACCUGUGAUCAGACCCACUAGAAAGCCCAUUCGUCCCACAACUGCACACCCUGCAGCGCCUCCCACUCCUCAUUGGAGGAAUCCCAAUCCUCACAAACCGCUCCUCCCCACACGUAAGCCUCCAAAGCCCUCCCAGAAGCCCCCGGUGGUGGCCACCAACCCCUACCUAAGACCCCACAGGCCUCCCCCUCGUCCUCCGGUUAUUACCCCAAAGCCCCCGGUGGUGGCCACCAACCCCUACCUAAGACCCCACAGGCCUCCCCCUCCCCCUCGUCCUCCGGUUGUUACCCCAAAGCCCCCUCCCUCCUUCACCCGCCCCCCAUAUCGGCCCCCACAGCGGCCCCGUGUCACGACCCCUGCAGGGCCCACGUUGGAUAACAGGAUAAGCAAAGACUUCUCCCCAAAACAGAGGGGAGACGUGCACAUUCCAAAGAACCACGGCCAGGGCAAUGGACUGGGCUUUGAUUUGGACAUUGAGCUUGGAAAUACAGAUGAGGAAUUUGGUGACGAUCCAGAGGCGGGUGUCCUCAGUUGUUCAUUUGACCAUGGGCUUUGUGGAUGGAUCAAUCCAAGGGAAGGAGAUACACAGUGGACAGUCAUGAAACACCCGGCAGGUGAGAGCUACCUGGCCCUUCCUGAGGUGACAGGGAAACAGGACAGCCGUAGAGGAGCCCAUCUCAUCCUGGCCCUCACCGCGCCACCACCACCACGCCACCUGGACUACCUGUGUCUGUCCUUCCGCCAUUUCCUUCCAGGCCAUCGGGUGGCGGUGUUGCAGGUGUUUGAGGAGCGCACCAUGCAACACAGCUCAGUGCUGUGGGGCAGAUCGGGGGGCAGCGGAUGGAGGCAGGCCCACAUCACGCUGGCUGCCAACAGACUCGAAAGGAUCAUUAUAAAAGGUGAGCGGAGGAGAGAUCAUCAUGGACUGGUGGCCCUUGAUGACAUCAGCCUCAGUAGGGGGCGCUGUGUAGAGGAGCGCCACAUGAGAAGAUGAAGAAGGGGACACAAUCAAUAGUAAUAAUAAUAAUAGUGCAGGGCACAACAAAUCCUCUCCUCUAUUUAACAAUGAUGACCUUUGACCUUGACCCAAUGUAGCCCAAAAGUUAAUCAGGUGAUAACGGUGCUCAUUGCCAAUGCUAAGGCAGUGAGACAAAAUGUUGAAAUGGGCGGGGUUAGUCGGUGGGGUAGUAAGGUGGAUAGCACAUAAGACUACAAUCAUUUUGUAAAUAUUUUUAUAGUAAAUAUUAAUAGUAAAUACCAGAACAUGGAAAACCCUUAAGGUUAUUGUUUUCAUCACUGCAAUUUUAUACCCAGACUCUUAUUAAUAUAUAUUUUUUCUAUAUUCAUUUAAACAAUGGCUGGUAACUAAUACAGCUAGUUACUGUGUAACGUUGUAUAUUCUGAUUAUUACUUUUGUAUUUAAUUGUUUUAUGUUUUCCCUUGUUAGUGUGUAUUGUAUUUUCUCAUGCUAGUUGAUAAUACAGUAUGUGUCCAUUUCCCCUAUGCCCUCUACUGUAGUACUGAAAAUGCUGUGUAUCAGAAACUGUAAUAAAAGCACUUCGUACACAAGAAUGGCAUAUUAAUGGAAGUAUUUCCACUUUAUUGUGCCCUUCACUAACAUUUAUUAUUGCACACAACAUAUAAUAAAAUCAAAAUUGGGAAGAUUGAACUUGUGAAAAAAGCAAAACCCCUACAUUUUGCAGAAAUAUGUUGAGAUUCUUAAGUUAAGUUGAUUC